AUGAGCGAUAACGGCCCUACUCCCCAGGAUGAUGCCGAUCGCAUCCGUUUGAAGAGGCUAGAGAAGCUGCAGAGACCAGCUGUCUCGCCGUCGGGGUCCUCUGGAACGACUACACCUGCGCCAUCUACCCCGACCCCGCCCCCUGCUGCUGUUAAACCCAAGCCGAUCCCUCGUCCCUCUCCGGCUGCCACUACGGCGUCACCUCCCCCCGCCCCACGGCCUGCGUCAGGUCUGGCGAAGAAGAAACCACAGGUCCCGAAAUUUGAUUUACCUGCUUGGGAGCAUAUCACACUACAGAAUGUUCUCAAAGUCACUUUGAGCAAAGAGGUUGCAGAUAAGAGUGGUUACGAUAUCGUAUGGCUGAAACAUCUGGCUUCGGAGUUGGCAGCAGAGGAAACUCCCGUUGACAAACUUUCCAUCGACCUAUUAGAUCGCCUUCUAAUUGCGCGACUAGAACUUAAUCCACAAACUAUGACAGAUGAUCUAGAAUACCUUCCUGUCCUUGUAUCUUUGCCUCCUCAGCAAACGGUAUUUGAAUAUUUGGUUGGCUGUUGGAAGAGGCUAAAUGCAGCCAGAUCUACCGUGAUGAAAACUGGAUACGCUCCCGCAGACAGUCUCAAAGCUCUUGACCAGCUGGAGAAAGUCAGGCAACUAGUCAUUAGCUAUUCAGGAUAUAUUUUACAGGAUCCCGAGAUGUUUCCUCAGCCUACAGGUCGAGAACUUGGGCCUGCUGAACUGAUCAAACCUCUCCUCUCACUCUCUGCCCUUUCCGCACCUUUGCUCUCCAACGCGUCAGAAAACCCCUACUCGCUUUCUCCCUCCGACAUCGACCAAUUCCUGCAAGACUUCGCACGUCGCUUUGAACCAGAUAAUGAAAUAGACGACAUUCUCGCUCCUGUUGUCCGUGGCCUCCUUUUCCACGAGUCGCUCUUCCGUCCUGAAGGCCUCGGUGGCGGCGACUCGAGCUGGCGUGGCGUUAUCAGUGGGUUGGAGGUGUUGGUGUCAAUCAAGAGCAUUGCGGGUAUGAUCACGCGCAUGGAGGAGUGGAACCCGCCUAACGCUACCGCUGCGACUUUUGAGAGGGUUUCGCUUCUGGGUCCAUUGUGCCGCCUUGGCGUGUUUUGGACUGAAUGGCCAGCGAUUGGUCAAUCCUAUUUCUCUGAACCAUUACAGCGCACAAGGGAGGACGUGGAAUCUUCUUAUUCGAGUCUCAGGGCGACUUUGAAAAGUUUACAGUCUUCUCUCUUCCAGAUAUUCAAUGCCUUAGUCAGAGCGUCUGGUGAGACGAGAGAAGCCGUUUUGGGCUACUUUGCGCGUGUUAUAUCAUUAAAUGUCAAACGCGCUGGUAUGCAGGUAGACCCCACAACAGUAGCGUCGGACAGCUUUAUGCUGAAUAUGCAGAGUGUUUUGUUGAAUUUUGCGGAACCAUUUAUGGAUGCGAAUUACACCAAGAUGGACCGUAUUGACCCACUUUAUUACGUUCAUUCAAACCGAAUUGACCUCAGUGACGAGACCCGCAUCAAGGCAACGAGUGAAGAAGCUCACAAGUGGGAAGAAGAAAACAAGAAUUCUCUAGCGCCCCCUCCAAACUUUAUCUCGAAUAUCUUUUACCUCACUGUGGCGAUGAGUCAUUAUGGUUACCUGCGCACUAUACAGACUUUCAACGACCUGUCGAAGAGCUCAGACGAGCUCCAGCGGCAAUUGGAUAUGGUCCAAGGCGACGGGUCGUGGAUGACGUCUCCUAUGCGACCUCGAACAGAAGCACUUAUUGCUAUGAUAAAGAAGGAGCAGAAUAAAGUCCGGAUUCAGCAGUUCACUUUUGAGGCAGGGUUGAUGGAGCAGGACUUGGUCUUCCGAUCUAUUGGAUUCACAAAUUUCCUGGCGACUUGGCUUAUCCGCCAGGCAGACCCGAAGAAAACGCACCCCAAUCCUCCUGUUGAGCUGCCUUUGCCUAAGGAAGUGCCCAUGUCAUUCCGCGCGCUCCCUGAGUAUAUUGUGGAGGACAUUGUGGACUAUUUGUAUUUCGCUGUACAAACAUCCCCAGAUAAAUUUGAGAUGGCGGGCAAAAUUGAAUUGAUGACAUUUGUGUUGACUUUCUUGACUUCAACUUGGUACAUCAAAAACCCAUUCCUCAAAUCCAAAAUCAACGAUGUUCUUUUCAUGAGCAUUUGGGGAUAUGGCCGCGAGCGGAAUGGAAUCCUGGGGAAUAUGCUCAAUUCACAUCCAUUGGCUUUGAAGCACCUCAUGCCCGCGUUGAUGCACUUCUAUAUCGAGGUCGAACAGACUGGCGCCAGCUCCCAAUUCUAUGAUAAAUUCAAUGCAAGACGAAAUAUUUCCCAUAUCCUAAAGGUGGUCUGGAACAACCCCACGCAUCGUGAGGCGCUCAAUAUCGAGGCAAAGAAUGUCGACAAAUUUGUUCGCUUUGUCAAUCUCAUGAUUAACGACGUUACAUAUCUCAUGGACGAAUCUCUGAGCGAACUAACCCAGAUUCACAAUAUUCAAGUUGAGAUGGAUGACAAGGCUACCUGGGAAUCCAAACCUUUAGAAUACCGCCGAGAGCGAGAGGGCACUCUGCGUUCGCUCGAGAGGCAUGCAUCGGGAUAUACAACUCUCGGACGGUCGACUGUUGAACUGCUGAAGAUAUUCACGGCUGAAACAAAGGCGCCCUUUAUGAUGCCCGAAAUCGUUGAUCGUCUUGCAGCCAUGUUGAAUUAUAACCUACAAGCUUUGGCAGGUCCGCGAUGCCAAGACCUCAUCGUUCGAGAUGCUAAGAAACUCAAGUUCGAUCCUCGAGCAUUGCUCGGCGAAAUACUCCAAAUCUUCCUGAACUUGAGUGACCAACAGCAAUUCGUACUGUCUGUGGCGGGCGAUGGACGAAGUUAUUCGAAGGAAUUGUUCGAUAGGGCUGCUGCAAUUGCGAUCAAGCGGUCAAUCAAGAGUCAGACUGAGAUUGAUGCGCUGAGGGCGUUUGUGAACCGCGUCGAAGAGGCAAAGGCUACAUUGGAGGCUGAAGAGGACCUUGGUGAGGUUCCAGAUGAGUUCCUGGACCCACUCAUGUUUACUGUCAUGAAAGACCCUGUUAUGCUUCCUUCCUCGAAAACUAUUCUUGACCGAGCCACGAUCAAAUCACAUCUUUUGUCGGAUUCAAAGGACCCAUUCAAUCGUGCUCCUUUGUCCAUAGAGGACGUCAUUCCAGUGCCAGAGCUCAAAACUCGCAUCGAGGAGUUUUUAAUUGAAAGAAGGAACAAAGACAAGAUUCUAGAGCCUCCACCGGCAUUGCCAGAAGAGGACGUCGUCAUGGAGAGCACUUAA